AUGGACUCAUUAACAGACCCGAAAGUUCAUUCUGACGAGCCAGAGGCUCUGGAUGAUGCUCGCACAAAUCCCAAACACAGCUACCUUUUGUUAACACGAGAUGAUUCUACCAUGAUUUUGGAAGUCAGUCAUGAGAUUGUAGAAUUAGAAGUUAGCGGGUUCAACACGACCGAAAUGACGGUGGCUGCAAUCAAUCUGGGUGGUGAAUAUAUCAAACAGUUGAGCAGAUCAGCUGAAAAGCAAUCAGUCGAGGUGGGCGGAGAUUCGGCUGCUGAGACUCGAUCAGAUAGACAUAAACCAACAACGAAUCCGAACGAAACCCGUGUCAAACGGUUGCGUGCUGGGUAUGAGUACCCCUAUAUUUUACAGGUUUCGCCAACUUCACUCCGUCUGUUAGAUGGCCCCAAACUGCUUGAAUUCAUUCAGGUUACAUUGGAGUGGCGUAUUCAUCUAGCUAGUGCUGCCGACCCGUUUGUGCUCUUAUGCACUGAGGAUGACGAACUGUUCCUCGUCCGACUUCGAGACCCGCACGAGGUAGAGAUGGUCCUGUCCACAGUUCGUGCUCCUUCCAAAAAACCUUGGUUUUUGGAUCUGCGUUCCACUCCGGACACAUUCGAGACGGGUCUGUUCGGCGCGAGUAAUCCAAAUUCGUCUACGCCACACUUGGAAAUAUUUCGUCCUAAAGUGAGACAAGUGAGUGCAAAACUAUACUUUUCGGAUUACAUCUAG